AUCAACCAUUUUGACACAACAAACAAAACAAACACUCAUCAAAACAACAUGGUAUUUUAAUUCAGUAACCUACUGUUUUUAUUGCUGUAAAGCUGCAGCUUCUACAAAGUUAUAAAUCAAAAUGGAUAUUAUAAAAUAUAUUGCUCCUGAAGAAGAGUUUUCCGAGUCUCCUAUGACGGACAUAAUCGUGAAGAGAGUGAUUUCACAAAGCUCCGGUGAUUCUAUUGAAAUGAACAUUUUGUGUACUGUAAUUAUCUUAUUAUUAAUAGAAGAAGGUUUUUUACUUAUAGAUCAAGAAAGUGAAGUGAUUGAUAUACAACAGUUUGACCUUGAACAAUUAAAGAAAUGGCAAUCAAGUGAGGGUACAUUUCAAUUAAAUUUGGUCAUGAGUGGUUUCAAUGAUAUUCCACUGAAACUCCUCAUCAGUCCUCUAGGUAAAGCAGUGCUAUUGAAUUUAGUGAUUCAGGAAUUGGAUGCAGAAACAUACACAACAUGCUUAACUCUUGGAUCAUAUGUGUAUCCCACACCACAAAGUUCUACAAGCCCUACAGUGUAUAAUAUUAGCAAAUAUCAGCUCUGUAACAUACUUAAGGAUCGGUUGACUUGUGCUGUAAAGAGUAGAAUAAUAAGCCUUCAUGGGACUGCAAGUGCAAGUUUGAUAGGAUUGCCUGAAGAAGUUCUGAUUAAUAUUGUCAUGAAAUUACCUAUAUCGGGUGUAAUCAACGUUAUUAAAACAUGCAAGAUACUACAUGAUGCCAUAAAUAAAGAGAUUGUGUGGCGUGCUUUAGUAAAAAGAGACUUUGGUAUCGAUCAGUGUGAUACUGAUUCAUGGAAAACCACAUACAAGAAUAAAUAUGCAGAAAGUGAAGAGGAAAAAUUACAUCAAAUACGUAUUAUGCGUGCAGGCUCAAUGCAUGAAUAUAUGGAUUUUUCUGAUUUUAUGUCUUACAUUGAUAAUCCACUGGACAUUAUUUACCAUUUUGAUUAAAUGACUAUUGACUUCAUA